AUGAAUCCUUAUUCUUCUCAAGGUGAUCAUCAAGUCAGUUGUCUUCCUUGUGGAUAUCUCUAUGGUUUGUCUUGCAUACAGAGAUGGAUUAAGCAUUCCAACCAAAGAGAUUCCAAGUGUCCAAUUUGCAAGCGGAAGUGUGCGCUGAAGGAUGUGGUAAAGCUUUAUGUUUCAUGCCUACCUGUUGUGGAAAGAGGAAAACAAGAGAAUUCUGUAUCUUUUCAGCCUCGAGACGAUUUGUAUAAGGUGCAUUUUGCGAAGUAUAAGGAAGAACUGGCUGACACUAAAAGGGAGGCGAUGAAUACGAAAUGUUGUGAGAGAAUAGAAAGAACUAGCAGCAAGAUGAGUAUGUUGAAGAAAUGCGUAAAUCUUAUGAACAGCAUCUCAAGGAGGCUGAACACCAGCUCAAUGAGGUUGCUAGAACUCAAUCAGGCCUGCAUUGUACUGAGGUUAUCUGAGAACAUUAUGCCAUGUUUUACUUAUAGAUUUCGGACAAGAAAAGAUUUACAAAUGAUUGCGGUGCUGGACCGAAAAAUUGCGUCAAUGAAAAGAGAAUCCGAGGAGCAGGAACGAAAAAUCAAGGAGCAGGAACGAAAAGUCAUGGAGCAGGAAAAGGAAAUACAAGCAACUUCUAAGCGGCUUGAGGUGAUUGAACGGAGGACUGUAGAGACUAUAUCUGGCCUUCGGAGGAAACUCGAGCAGCAAGAAAAUGAAUUAACAGAGAAAGACGGGAGGAUUGAGCUGUUGAUGUAG